AUGAAGCUCGAUGUGCAGCUCGUCAAUAGUUCGAAUGGCGUGUUCUACGCUGGCCAAGUGGUAGAGGCUGUGGUACAAGUGCACGCACAACACGAAGAGGAAAUCAGAGGCAUUAAAAUCAAGUAUAAAGGAAAAGCAAAAGUGCAGUGGAAAGAGGGUAGUGGAGAAGAAGAAAGGGAAUAUGAUGCUAAGGAAAAAUAUUUUGAACAUGAGCAGUGGAUCAUCAGUGGAGGCCAUGUUCUGCAGCCUGGGACUACAAACUACCCUGUCAAUUUUAUCUUGCCUCCAAACCUGCCAUCUUCGUUUGAGAGUUACUAUGGUUACAUUAGGUAUAAUGUCAAGGCCAAAGUAGACCGUGAAGGAAAGGACUACAAAGUGCAGUAUCCAUUUACAGUUCUGAGUCAUGUGGACUUGAACCAAGAUCCUAAUGCUGCGAUGCCAGCUCAGCUACAGGACUCAAAGAUGAUAUGCUGUCUGUGUUGUGCGACAGGUCCUGUCACCGCAGUUUUCAGGAUCGAUCGCCGGGGCUAUGUUCCAGGAGAGGCAAUAACUAUCAAUGCUGAGAUUGUGAACAACUCUGACAGAUCAAUUUUAUCUUCCCGGGUCAAACUCAUAAUGAACAUUAGAUAUUUUGCUGAUGGAAAUACACGGUUUGAAAAACGAGAUGUAGCAAAAGUGCAACAUGGUCCUAUUGAACCACAGGGGUCGGAUAUUUGGAGUGGUGACAAACUCAUCAUUCCACCCAUCCCUCCAUCACCGCUGGCUAAUUGUAACAUCAUACAUAUGGAGUAUAUUGUUGAGUUGAAGGCUGAUGUAGACAACACCCCAUUUGAUCUUGAGGUGCCGCUGAAUGUUGUGAUUGGGACAGUACCACUCCAAACAUAUUUGCCCCCUCCUGUACCUAUGCCAGAACUGCCCGUGGAUCCCUCUGGCAUUAUGCUGAAUGAAACUGGAGGACAGCCCAUCACUGUACAACCAGGAGCCAUUCCUAAUGUCCCUCCUCCAUCUUAUGGUGAAAGUGUGUUUGGUAAAGUUGAUAUCACUAGCGAGAGACUCGGGGAUGAACGACAGAUGAUGCAAUAUGCUCCCCAGUAUGCAUACUACAACUAUGGAAAUUGAGAUAUCAGAUGUAAAUUUGAGUAUGCAUGCAUUAUAUUUAGCUGUGGACUAGAAUCCUUACAGAAACAAAGUCUCCACAUGCACACUCCAGUAAAUCUUACAAAAACUAAAUCUCCAGAUUUAUGUACACUCCACUAUCCCCACUAAAUCUACAGAAACAGAACCUCUAUGAUUAUUUACCUACUACAGCUACAGAAACUACAUUGAUUGUAAAAUUGUUAAUGUGCCAUCCUGGUAAUACUUUUAUGUACCAGUACAUGUUCUAGUGUUUGAUAAGACGAAAGUGUAGCAAGUAUAUUUCAGUGUGCAUUUAUUUUUCAUGAAGAGAACCAAAUCUAAAUGGAAUAUCAAUUGUAUUUCAUAUGCCUUAGUGUUCUGUAAAUGGUUAACAGAUUUGGUGUAUGGUGUUUGUUACAUACUUAUUUGUACAUACAGUGUAUAUGAACAUUUUUUACAUUUGAUGGAUGUUUGCUGAUAAAAUUAUGUAACUCUGAUUAAAAGUUAUACCUCAGAAUAAACCACAAUGUCAAAUUAAUCUGCAGCUUAUUUUUACAGGAUUUAAAGAGUUUACAGAAGUGAAAUGACACAAGCUUCCAGAUAAGUGUCAUGUCAAAUUUUUGGUCUUACUAGUAAAUUCAGUGUAAUCGUGGUACAGAUGCAAGCUUUUCUUUAUAACUUAACUCAUAAAAUAAAUCAAAAACUUCAAAGGCAUUUCCCAAUAAGGACAAUUGAAUCUGAAAUGACAUUCUAGGUUGUAGUGUUGGCAAUAGGUGGUGUUACAUAAUUUAUUGAUGUACAAUACAUUAUUGUAUACUAGUGUUACAUUUUAAUGGCAAAUAAGGCUACAUGUACCCUGGUAAUAGUGUAAUUAACUGGGUUUUUGUGGUACAUGUUAAUUGAGUCAUAUGGAUUAGUGAUUUGUUUGCUACAUAUUAAGAUAAAACUUGUUAACAUUCUACGCAAUGAAAAGAUUGCCAGAAAAUCUUGUGUUGUAUAACUCAAGCAUUUUGUAAUAUGAUGCUGAAGAUGCUUAUAGUUCUUCCCCACAUUUUUAUGAUGCAAUAAUUUUUUUGUGCUGAAAAUGCCAUAUUCUAGAUUUUAAUUUCAAAAACGAAUCAUGCUUUUUUCUAUUGAAUACUCUUCAUCUUUAAGUGAAUGGCUGUAUACACCAUUUUAAGACAUAGAAUCUCUGUCAUACAUCUGAUAUUCAUUGUGAAACUUUCACAACAUUUACAGUUAGAGUUACUUUUAUGGAUUUUCUGUGUUUUUUUGAUAUUUUAAAGUUUAGACAAUUGUUUGAGCAGUGGAUUCCAGUUGUUGGCAUUAACAUUGUAUUGGUAAAGGUAUGUAUUGAUGACAAACACAUUAUUAUUAUAUUAGUAGCAUUUUACUUAUUAUUAUGAGUCACAAAUGCCAACAUUCAUUUACUGUUCUGAUGUAUCUGAAGUGAGUUAUUUCAACUUUGCAGUUUUCCUGUUGUGUAUAAUGGAUUGUAAUUUAAGUCUGAAACUUAAGACAUGAAAUACGUUCCUAACGAUUCAGUUUUUGUUUCAUUCUCCAGUAUUCCUUAAUGAUAUUCUUUAUUCGUUAUGUAGAUUACAGAUUACUCUCAUAUUUAGACAAUUCUUGAUAAAUAGCUUCCAUAAGUUCUCUCACAGAAAAAGAAAGUCUGUGUUCAUCACCUUAUGGUUAUAAAUUAUUGUUUACAAAUGUAAAAUUAAAGACUGUCACUAUAAAAAGAUAGUUUAUCCAUAAUUUCCAUGAAAUUAUCUAUGUUUUGAUAUUGGAAAAUCGUGAUCGGACCAGAUUGCUGUAAUUAUUUAAAGGUUGGAGGUAUGGAUGAACCAUGCAGACUGUACCGUUACAUACAAAAGUUAUAAUAUCUAUGGUGACCAAAAAUCUGUGUUACCUUCUUUAAUUUUAUGUAGUUUUUAUGUUUACAACUUUUUUUAUUUUUCGUAUAAAAUUGUUCUUCAUACACAUUACUUUAGUAAACCUGUCGCCAUUAAUAUGGGUUGUCCCCCUUACCUUACAGUUGUUUGGUUGAUAACCGUCUUAUUUUUCCAUCUUAAGUUGGCCUGAUUAACUCUUUGGCUUAUACUGACAGUGUACAGUCAGAUUAACAGGUGGUAAAUUGAUAAUUGGAUUUGCACUGCAGUUUUAUCAUCACCAUUAUGUCUAGAAAAAGAAACCUGCUUUGUUGUAUGUUAUAUCGCAGCUUAUUUGGUUGUACAUAUACUUAUGUUACUACUAUAUACACUUGAAGUUUUCUCAUUGGUUACUUUGAUAAAUGUAGUUUGUUGGUUGGUUGUUGCUCACAGGUUUUCUGUCUCCUUGAUUUGUCCUAUUUUUAGAUGUCUUGUCAAUGAACGUCGGCGUUCUGACAGUAUUAUAAAGGUAGCUGCAUGAUUAAGAUAUUUCUUUCCCAGGCAGUCUUACUUUAAGUUACCAUUAUAUCAUCAACACUACCACUGACCACAGAUUUUACUCCCAGUUGUAUUUAUUACCUAUAAGAUAUUUGUUAAGGAUAUUAGUAUGAUUUUCAAUUUUUUAUAUAUAUCAAAAUUUACUUCCAAAUUUUCAAGACCUUUGCACCUUAUCAAUCAUAAUUUGAUAUUUUUCUCUAUAUAAAGAAAAGAAGUUUUUUGGUGAUUGUAAUUGUUGUUAAUAAGCAAGGCCUUUGUUGACACUUCACCCAGUUUUACAAUCCAAUAUUAUUUCUGUAUUCUAACCUGUUGAGGUACAUUGUAUGUAUUUUGUUGCAGUAUAUUUGCCUUGUGUAGUUGCUGCUACCUAUUAUAUAUUGUACAUAGACAGCUGUUUCAUGUUAUCUACGUUUGUGUAUUGGUUUGAUGAAGGCUCUUGUUGAAUAUAAUAACCUUGAUCAUUGUUGUCGACAGUACAAUAUGCAGUCACGUCCAAUUAUUUUUCCUGGUAGUGUACAGUCGGGUACUGUACUACUAGACUGAAGACUUUCUGUUUCUAAAAUUAUCAUUUAAUGUCAAUAUUCACAUUUUAACAUUUUACUGAUUAUGAUAACAGCAUAAUAAGUAAUUAAAUAUAUAAUAAUGAUCAGUAAGAAUAUGAAUAUUAGAUUAGUACUUAUUAUCUACUUGCCCUAUAGGUAUAGUUCUGAAGGAGAGUAUCAUAACUGGCCUUUACUAAUGGUCAUGAUGUAGUUAUUAGUUUUGUUUGUAAUCUUUUCCCUAUAUGUUUAUAAUGUAUUGCAAUAUGUAUUGAUUCAUACUUCUUAAAAUGGGAUUAAUUUUCCAUUGUCUAAACUUUUUUGUUGUAAUUGAAUUGAAAGUAUUCGCCAUUGGUAUGGACCCUCUAUGAAUCUCGGGUUUAACAGUUAUUGUAUCUAUAUACAUUGUAUUACUGCUGAUGUGGUUAUCAUCCUCUAUAUGGAAUGUUGGACCAGUUUAUUAAACCAAAUGUUGUCAUUAUUUUA